UGUUCACUCACAUCACAUUUUCCAACGACAGCCACAACCGCGACCGCGCCUAAUAAUUGACUUUAGAGGAGCUCGGAUAUCAGCGAGCGUUGGCAGUGUCGGCCAGAUAUUAGUGAUCACUGUCAGUCAAGAUGGAUAUCACUCGUGGUUCAAGAAGAGCAAGGCAUGUAGCUGCCACUCAUGCAAACCCAAAUCCAAACACAAACGCCAGGGCACAGGCAAACACGGCCUCGAGCCCGAGACCUGUACCAUCCGAUAUAACCUCAUCUCCAGUGCCUCAAGUUCCAGCUGCUACUCCAAGUGGUCCUUCUGCUAGAUUACACCCAAGUCAAGGUGCUUCUCCUGUUGCUGCUGGUCCUAUGGUAACGCCUGACGGUCCUCCAAUUCACCGAACACCAGAUCAACCUCCUGACCAAAGACGUCGUCGAGCGCCUCCUCCUAAUCCUUUUCGUCUGUACAGAAGUAAGUCAGUUUUUUUUUUCGUUCAAUUAAACGUGCAUAUCUAGCGUCUCUUUCUGGCAGUACCAUGAUCUCAUAUCAGUUGCAAUUUUAAAGUGUUUGCAGCUCUAGUUGGCUGCCAGUGGUCAGCUGCCACUU